AUGAGUCUGGGCUUACCCAGGGAUGAGACGAGAAGUAGAAGAUGUUGUGGAGUUAUACAAUCACGGUUGCCGAUAACAGAAGCGGCCCGCACGAGCGUGUUGUCCAAGUCAUGGCUACACGCUUGGCAUACUAUUCCUAUCCUCAGGUUUCGUGUUCGCAGCGAACAAAAUGGAAACGGCAUGAAGUUGGUGGAUGUGGACCACACUCUGAUAAGGUAUCUCCGUGACAACAUACCAAUUGAAAGGUUUGAGCUUCUUAUCGACAUUGAGAACCAGGAGUCAGCUUCUCAUGCUGAAAAAUGGAUUGGUCCUGUGGUAACUACCAAAGCUUCUUGUCUCAAAGAGUUAUCCCUCUCACUCUUCCUUUAUGGUGCCCCGUUUACAUUGCCAGAUGAGAUACUCUCGUCGGGUGAAAACCUGAGUAAGAUAGACGUUUCAUCCCCGCUGAGGCACCAUUCUGUUAUUUGGAUGACAACGACUACUCCUACUCCUGUGAUCAACUGUGUGUCCCUACGAGAGCUGCAAUUGGAUGGUGUGUGCAUAGGUGAAGAGGCACUCCAUGACAUAUUGUCGUCUUGUAGCCGGCUUGAGAAGAUUGUGCUUAUACAUUCGAUCUUGCAAGGGGUUCAAAACCAUCAAGAUGUUCAUAAUACUGCUUUGGAAAUCAGUCAUGUCCCAAAUCUCGGCGUGUUUACCUGCGAUCUACCUUUUCUAUUCAAAGCCCCUGCCCCGCAUUCAAUAUCAUUAGGAAGCAGCGUGACAGAGUUAACCCUAGGUGGUUAUGGUAUGGUAACUGGCAACGCGUGUCUGAAAAUGAUCGAAUCGGGAUUUCCUUUUCUUGAGAGUCUAACACUUGAUGAUAUGAGAUCUUGGAAGUCGGAAAGCUUCCAUUUCACAUGUGCUUCCAUCAAGAAUUUGACCCUGCGGGAUUGCCAACGCAUGCUUACGGACAUACAAGUUGAUGCUCCAAAAUUAAAUUUUUUCUGGUUCGGUGGGGCCACAUUGCCUACUCUCUUGUUUCCUGUCUCUAGUACUCUCUUCAAGCAAAUAUUUUCACUCAGUCUCAGCCUUCCUGUUGAUGUGUAUUUUUUUCUUAAGAUGAGGGAAGCACUCGCGUUAUCAUGCAAGUGCGACAUUUAUAUAAUAACUUACAACUAUACUACUACUAUGUUGCCAUUCGACGACAUCGACAUGGAUGAUCUAAGAACAAGGCUCCUCUUGUUUCCUCCUGCUAUGAACGUGCAACAUCUGUGGUUUGGAACAGUAGAUGAUGAAUGCCUGUGGGAACGAUCCCUAUUUUUUGAUGCAUUCUUUGAGAUUUGCCAUCCCAAGUAUGUAUAUGCAAAGCCAGACUCGUACUUCAGACAAAACAAUCACUUUUGCAGACUCAUGCUGAGGGAGGUCUUGGAGAAGAAUACCACCUCAUAUUGGCCUCAUUACCUGGAACAUGUUCGAAUAAGAAGGGAUCGUUAUCAAAAAUGGGAAACCCUAACAAAUUCCCACACAAGCCUUCUGGCUUCUAGUGUCUACAUGAUCUUCAAUCUAAAGUGGCGUUAG